GUGACUUACACAACAUACAACCCCAACACGUAAGAAAUUUAUAAUUUAAGAUUCGAUUCCUUUUGUAAGGAAAAUACGUGGAAUUAAUCACAACUUUAAAUUAAAAUGAGCGUUUUAAAAGCUAUUGGAGCUGAUAGUCUCUUCGGGGAUGUUCAGCGAAUGGACAAACGUCAGUUUUUCUAUCAAGUAUUGAGCUUUGGUAUGAUUGUUUCAUCAGCUCUCAUGAUAUGGAAGGGUUUAAUGGUUGUCACGGGAAGUGAAUCUCCUAUUGUAGUUGUGUUAAGUGGUUCAAUGGAGCCAGCAUUUCACAGAGGAGAUCUUUUAUUCCUUACAAAUUAUCCUGAAGAACCAGUACGUGUCGGUGAAAUUGUUGUGUUCAAAGUUGAGGGUCGAGACAUUCCCAUUGUGCACAGAGUAAUCAAAUUACACGAAAAAGCUGAUGGAACUGUGAAAUUUUUAACCAAAGGUGACAAUAAUUCUGUUGAUGAUCGAGGGCUUUACGCACCUGGUCAACUUUGGCUUACGAAAAAAGACAUUGUUGGAAGGGCUCGAGGUUUCUUACCAUACGUUGGAAUGAUAACAAUUCUAAUGAAUGAAUAUCCAAACUUCAAGUACGCCAUUCUUGGUAUUUUAGCGAUUUAUGUUCUGCUUCAUCGAGAAUAAAUGCGCUGUGUAAAUCCCUCCUUUGCUUUGCUCUUAAUUUUCGUAUCAUUUAAUAAAGGACUGAAAUGUACCAAUUAAAUAUUAGUGCACAAAAAAAACUUUAAAGUCUCACAUAAAGUUUGUCACCGCCUCAUAGACUCACAACAUUCAGAGCCGUUGCCAUCACAAAUAAGAAAAAAAAAAGAAAAGGCGAAGGUACUUCCAGAAACAAACAAAUUCAUGAUUUAAUUUGUGAAAAUUUCAAUAAAAUAUAAUUUUUAUAAAAUUAUAAUGUUGGAUUAUCAAAUGAAAGUUUCUUUUUCUGCUGUUGAAUCUGAUUUUUCAUUGUCGUUAAAAAAUCUUCCUUUGCUGAGAUGUAAUUUUCCAUCAAGUCGCAACGAAUCUUCUCAAUGUCAACAUCAAUGUUGUAGUUGAUUUCCUUGGAUGCUUCAACUUUUGAUUCACAUUUUUCAAUCAGACUCAACGAUGAAACAUUUUCAGUUAAAUUAAUGUGACAUUCUUCAGCAAUUUUUUCUCGCUCCUCAAUAACAUUUUCGAUUGUUUUGCGAUAUUUUUCCUUCUCCAUUAAGAUGUCUUGGUACAUGCUGUCAAUCUCCUUCUGUAAGUUUUCACGUUUCAUUGUUAAUUUUGUUAAACGAUCUUCUUCAAAGUCCAAAGUUUUCUUGAAUUGAUCUAAAUUUCGUUCAAAUUCAAUUGUUUUGUUCUCAACCAGUUUCAUUUCAUCAACUAAAGGUGAAUCUCCAAUUUCUUCCAUAAUUGCUUUAAAUAAACUUUUAAUUUCCUGUUAAAUGAGAACUCUCCU